AUGAAAUCAGUUCUACUACUAGCCUCAGUGCUGACGAUGGCCAGGUUGGCUGACAGUGCCUUGUGUACCUUCAGUUCCUGUGCCGAGGUGACCUGUAAGCCUGUUACCGCGGAUAACUGCGACGGGAAGAUCGUAAAGAACGGCAGCGUCUGUCUGGAGUGUUGUGAUGUUUGUUAUCGUAUUAUUGAACCCGGGGAAACAUGCGCGGACCCAGAAUGGUUCAGCACCUAUGACGACUUUGUGUACGCCGAGUGUACUGAAGGCUACUACUGCGAUUACUUGGGCUCUCAGACGUGCAUUCAGUAA